AUGUAUGGAAUAAACAAGCGUUGUAUUUACUUAUCAUUUCAGUUUGUCAUGCUUUGGAGCUAUGUUAAGGGGGAGAAUCAUCCAUCUCCGAAUUUUAACCAGUACAUGAGGACACAGAGCGCAGUGACGGACCAGGUCAGCCGCAGACAGGUCAGGAUUUACCAGCUCUACAGCCGCACCAGUGCAAAACACAUCCAGAUUCAGGGCAAAAGGGUCACCGCCACAGCUGAGGAUGGAAAUGUCUAUGCUCGUCUCUUUGUUGAGACAGACACUUUUGGCAGCCGUGUCAGGAUUAAAGGUGCAGAAAGUGGACGGUAUCUCUGCAUGAACCGGAAGGGAAAACUUGUUGGAAAGCCCAGUGGUUGUAGCAGGGAUUGUAUCUUCACAGAGAUUGUACUGGAGAAUAAUUACACAGCUUUUCAAAAUGCCAAGUAUGAGAGCUGGUAUCUCGCAUUCACAAGAAAAGGGAAGCCACUCAAAGCCUCCAAGACAAGAGAGAACCAGAGAGAAGUCCAUUUCAUCAAACGGCUCCACACAGGUUCACCACCCUUUCCCAAUGCUGACCAAAGCAAACAUUUUGAGUUCAUUCGAUUUCCAGUCACACAUCGAGCAAAAAGGAACAAGAAAUCAUGUACUUUUGCAACAAAAAAGAAGUGA